UUUACUUGAAGGAAUUACCCGUCAGUGGAACAGCUGUUAUGCUCGGCUGUCCCAAGAGCGGCAAUUCCUUCGAUCUAUAUAGGGCUGCUGUCAAUGGCUUGCCAGAAGUCUGGCUGGGUGCCAAGCUCGAGGCUGUUGCCAGGAAAAAUAUUCCUUGCUGGCCAAGAGCACGUAUAAUAGUCCCAGCACUACACAACUGCCCAGAUAUGAUCAUGAAAUUGAUCAAAGCAAGUAAUUCAAACCUGCCUACGCACGGCUGGAAAGUCCCAAAGGUUGAGCAGGAGACAGUGGGUCACUAUAGAUCAGCUCUUGUGUUGAUCAAUAGUGAAUCACUGGCUCCACUGGCCGCGACCAAAGGCGUGAUUAGGUAUGGUUUCGAUGAAAUCGUGAUUCGCAUCUACAAAAAAGACGAAGACUCGCUUAACACGCCCCCCACAGAAGCGCCUUUAGUGGAAGGAAAAGCUUCAUUACCACCAAUAAUGGAAGUCGAUGCAACAACACAAGUGGAACCAUCGACCUCCACAGCCCCAAACAAGCCAUCCGACGUGGAGGCUAAACCUACAGUCGACAGCAGUUCCGACAUGGAUACUGAAGACGCCACCUUAGGCAUCACUCUGAGUGAGGAAGACCUACUUCAUUCCUAGUCAGACGAUGAAAACGCCGAUAAAACAGGAGGUUUAUCUGACUAAAAGAAGCAAUGCUGCGAUUAGUACAGAUUAAUCUCCAUAACACCAUCAUAGCCACAAACAACCUGGUACUCUGAUUGCAUAGAAACAAGGAAGACAUCGUCUUGAUACAGGAGCCGUGGAUCUCAAACUCCAUCCUCAGAGGCCUUAGGACUACUGGCUAUAAACUAUU